AUGGCUCUUUCUCUCUCCGCCACUCUCCUCCCUCAUCACCCCCGCCGCUCCACCGACUUCUCCUCCUCCUCGUCCGCCCCCGCGUCCCCACAAACCCACGGUUUUUUCUCCGGCCAGCCUCCCCCUACCUAUUCCGCCCUCGCCACAAACUCAAACAACAAGCUGCCCACCACCUGCUUACCAAAAGUCCUCUCCUCCUCCUCCUGCUCCUCCCACUCAAAGCUCUCGCACGCGUGGAGACAAGUCCACGGGGAAUACGACUGGGCCGGGCUCCUCGACCCGAUGGACCCGCUCCUCCGCUCCGAACUCAUCCGCUACGGCGAGAUGGCCCAGUCCUGCUACGACGCCUUCGACUACGACCCUUUCUCCUACUACUUCGGCGGCUGCCGCUUCCCGCGACGCGCUUUCCUCGACUCCCUCCACCUCACCCGCCACGGCUACGACGUCACCCGCUACCUCUACGCCACCGCCAACAUCCGCCUCCCAAACUUCUUCACCAAAUCCCGCUGGCCCAACCUCUGGAGCCCCAAGGCCAACUGGAUCGGAUACGUCGCCGUUUCGGACGACGAGACGUCUCGAGUCCUCGGCCGGCGUGACAUCGCCAUCGCGUGGCGGGGGACCGUCACGCGCCUCGAGUGGCUCGCGGAUCUCAUGAAUUAUCUCAAGCCCGUCGACGGGAAAAAGAUCCCGUCUCGCGAUCCGAGGGUGAAGGUUCAGUCCGGGUUCGUGGACCUCUACACCGAGAAAGACGAUUCCUGCCACUUCUGCAAGUACUCCGCCAGGGAACAGGUGUUAACGGAGGUGAAGCGGCUGACGGAGAAGUACGACGGCGCCGGCGAGGAGGUGAGCAUCACGAUAACGGGGCACAGCUUGGGGAGCGCCCUGGCGACGUUGAGCGCGUACGACAUUGCGGAGACCGGGCUGAACCUGGUGGAAGGGGAGGGGUCGGGUCGGCCCGCCCCGAUCUGUGUGUUUUCGUUUUCGGGUCCUCGGGUCGGGAACGUGCGGUUCAAGGAGAGGCUGGAUUUUCUAGGGGUGAAGGUGCUGAGGGUGGUGAACGUGCAUGAUAUUGUGCCCAGAUGUCCGGGGUUCUUGUUCAAUGAGGAUGUGCCACGUGUGCUGACCAAGUUGGCGGAGGGGCUGCCCUGGUGCUACUCGCACGUGGGAGUUGAGCUGGAGCUGGAUCACAAGAGCUCGCCGUUUCUUAAGCCCACGUCCGACCUGGUUUCUGCUCACAACUUGGAGGCCCAUUUGCACUUGCUGGACGGGUCAGUUUCUUUCCUUUUCUUUUCUUGUUUUGUAUCUUACAACACAAGUUACAAUGUGAAUAUCUAUUCUAUCAUAAUUUAA